AUGCGUGAGUGGUUGAGGUGACGAGAUCCAUCGAUCCAUCCAGCAGCACCAACAUGUGAUUUUGUUCACACGGCUAGUCACCCGUCUCUAGCUAUUGACAUGCAGGCAGGCAGGCAGGCAGGCAGAGAGGCAGCAGCUGAGCCAUCCACCAUCGCAUUCACCUCAGUUACACCCGACUGGAUGGGUGCCAGUAGGUGAACACAUUAUGAGAAUGAAUCGCACGGACUCACCGGUGCCUGUCUGUCCAUCUGCUGGCCUGCCUGCCUCCCAUUUGGCCGUCCACCCACACCGGAGAAGCAGCGAGUGAGGAAGCGACACCAACCUAGUCAUGCAAACAUCAAAACCUGCCCGCCCGUCUGGCUGUCCAUCCCCCUCAUCCAUCCAUCCAUCCGUCCAUCCAUCCAUGUAGCUACGUGCCCCGCUCGCUCAUCUCACGUCAGCUGCAGCGGUGUGAAGGUCGCUCUGCCGUCCCGGCCCCUCUCGACGCACCCCAGCUGCUGCCACUGGAACUGGCAGUCGUCAUCCCCCAGAUGCUCGUUGAAGCCCUUGACCAGCCCCGCCACGCCAUGCUGCGCCACCUCGUCCAGCCGCGCCCUGUGCACCACCUCACGCACACCCAGCAGCCGGUGCUGCCCGCCCUGCUGUCCCGCAUUGAUGGCGAAGCACUGCAGCGGCACCCGCACCAUCUCGCCGCCCACAUUGGCCAUCUCGCCCACCACCUCCCUGUUGCUGCUGGCCUCGUACACUGACGAGCGGACGGAAUGCUCGACAGCCGCACGCACACGCCGGGCCAUGGCGGAGUGGCGGGAGGGGAUGGACCCAGUGAUGGUCUGGGUGGCGGCCGCCAUGUCGAAGAGGUACGAUGCGAUGCGCCAGGCGAAGAUGGGGGCCUCCUGCGGGCCGACGACCAGCCGGGGGGCGAGCAAGGCCGCAAGCGACCGCUGAGGGGCGAGGGCGGCGUUGAUGGCAGCCAUGACGUCAUCCGGCAGAUUGUUGAGUACUGUCGCGUACUCGGGCAGCACCAGCUGGCGACGACGGCGGUCCUCCUCUGUGGCAGUGAGCAUGAGGGCGAUGUCAGCGCCCGCCUGGAGCAGCACACGGAUGGUGGUCUUGACGUGGGGGAUCCGGACGGUGAGGCGGUCCCUCACGGCCUGCCCCGUGUUGUCUUCCUGCAGCUGUUGGAUGUCCUCAUCGAGCCGUUCGGCAGCGACGGUGAGGGGUGUGUAGGUGGGGUCAUUCGGGGUCCCUCUGUUGAUGUCGGCAGCGGUGAGACGCCGACACAGAGAGGCAGCGACACGGUGGGAGCCGCAGGGGCAGAGUGCCGCGAAGUGCAAUGGCGUGCGUCCACCCAUCAUGUCCACGGCCGUGAUGUCGGCCCCGUUGGCCACCAGCAGGUCGAUGUAGCUCUCGAUGAACUGCUGGGACCAGACGGGAGGUCUCAGGGCCGCACUAUGCAGCAGAUUCAUGCCACCCAGGUCCCGCUCGGUUGCGAGUGUGGUGUCACGCUGGAUGAGCUGUCGGUAGAAGGACAGCAGGAUGGCCUCGUGAGCCUCAGUGGGCUGGUCCGUCGGCAAUGUGCGCACCUGCAUCGCCGCCUCCCGUCCGCGCAGCUGGAUGCCUGGAACAGGCAGACAGACAGAAAGACAGACAGACAGACAUCAUGAUGUGUGUUCCGUGUCGUGAGUGCUGUGAAUGGGUGUGCACCUGGGUGGCCCAUCAGCAGGUUGAAGGCGGCCCGGUUGCACGACGCGAGGGCCACCCGGAUGGGUCUAGACAAAUGGCUACCGCCAUUGAUGCCCGCCCCUCUCUGGAUGAGAGCACGCAUGACGGCGAGCUGGAGUCCUGGCGUCUCCCACGUGGGCAUGGCGACGGGAGAGGCGUCACCGCAGUCGCCUGCCCAGAUGGACGGCAGACUGUUGUCCGUGAGAUUGUCGAUGCACAGCGCCACCAGCGGGUAGGCUUGAUAGCGACCCGUGGUGCCCGUCACCCGCAGCAGUGGCUCCACGUUGAGGUCGGCUCCCUUCUGCUGAAUCAGCUGCGUCACCUGCUGUGCGUCAGUGAUGGUGCGGCGAAUGAUGGAUUCGGACAGCUGUCUGCUGGCGUAACUGGUGCCAAGAGGGAAGCGGACGUCGACGACCCCCUCCUUCAAGCUAUUCCAGCCAGAUGGUAACGGCGCACCUGGUGGGACAGCGUCCACAGGGGAGGGUGGUAUGUGUGUUGGUGGUGGGUGAUUUGCUGACCUAUCUCCGGUCUGUCGGCCCUGCCGGCUGCCCUGCUGCCCAUCGGAUCCGUCACCAUCGAUACCAGCACCGAUAGCACGAUCCCCACCAGCACUACUUACGCCCCCUCCGAGGCAGGACAGGGGCGGCGGGUGAUGCGCAUGGCCGCUCAGCGUCAGACCAGUGGAUGGAAGGACACCAACACCAGCAGCAGGAUGGGGAGCGGGGGGACGCUGCACACACCAUCCACAACACAACACAAUUCACAACACAACCAUGCCAUCAUCGUGUCCUGGUGCUGACUGAGGGGCAGAGGAGGCAUGCAAUCACCUGUGGCUGUUGGGCACUGGGCAGGUUGGCGGCGGGCUGGUGCCUUUGGCUGUCUCCCUUGGCCCUCUUGUGCUCCUCACGCUCCAGAGGAGAGCCGGCACGCUUCACAACACCUACACCUACACCUUCACACACAUACACACACGACCCAGACAAUGAUGACGUGCUGCGUCAGGCUGGCUGUGGUGCAUUCAUUGACUACCUGUAUAGCUGGAUGACGAUGCUGCUGCUUGUGGCCCAUCCACCGCCCUUGCCUUGAGAUGAAUGGCCUGCCGUUUACCGCGGCGGGACAACCGAUGACACACACACGUACCGGAGAGUGGGUGAAGGUGUCUGUCUGUCUGUCUGUCUGUCUGUCUGUCGCGGUGCUCUCGUUCGUUGGCGUACCGGCGAUGGCAUGUGAGAGGGCUCUGUCAUGGAGGCGUUGUUCCUCUGCCUCACGACGACAUUGUUCACCGCUCCACCGCCCGGACGGCCCUCCUGGCGCUCCUCCAGGUCCACUGGGCGCCGCACGUCACCGCCGCCAUCUUGCCCUGCACGCUCUAAAUCGUUUGCAAAGAUGGUGACACACACACACACACACACAACGAUGCUGUGUGUGUGACGUGCUGCAUAUUUGUCUGAGUUGAGUGUACCUUCAUCGCCAUCGCCACCAUCCGCCGGGCCAGCGGAGGCCAUGUCGGUGUCGGGACGACCAGACAUCACUCACACACAGAUAGAGCUGCACCAUGGACCACACAGACACAGAGAUGGGCGGCCACCUGGUGUGUGUGUUGUGUGCAUCAGUGCUGUGCUUGCCUAUCAAGAGUUGGAGUCGGCGGGCAUCUGUACACAAAGCCGCUCAAUCAACCAGUCCGCCCGUCGACGAGGCAGACCUGCUUGAGACCACCAACACACACAGACAGCAAACAGAUCAUCCGUCAUGGUGUGCUUGUGAGUUAUCCAACCGGCGCAUGUUCCCACUCACCGUCGGACGAGAAGCCGCUAUAGCUACGAUAAUCCAUCGGGGCAAUACGUAGUGUGGACCCUCGAGAUGGAUCAGGCACCACGAGAAGCGGCUGAUCUUGGGCCGAGCGGCGGACAUACGGACUUCUCUGCUCCGGAGGGCCUCACUGUGCCUCCACUGGCUCACCAAGAGAACCUCGUAAGGACGAAAUCGCU